CGGCCCCUCGGACUCGCUGGGCGCCCGGGACGGCAGCGGGCGGCCGCGACCCGGCGCCUACCUAGAUAUGAAAAUCCAUCUUGAGAAAAACUUAGAAGAAGAACGCCAGAUACUACUACAGCAACAAAAAAUAUGUCGGAAUCGAGCACGUAAAUAUUUCAUGGAGUCAAACCGGAGAAGAAAAGCUUUUGAAGAGAAGCGCAAAGAACAAGAAGAAAGAGAAUAUCAAAUUAGAGAGCGCAUCCUUCAACAGAGGAAACAGAAGUUUGAAGAAGUUACUGAAAAAUUCCAGCGUGCCCAUGUUCCUCUCUCUCAGAAAAGGAGAGCAGUCCCUCCAUUGGAUGAGGCACUUAAACAAAUUCAAGAAUCCAACUUAAAAUCAGAAGUAAACAUUCCUCUUUCCCACAGACCAGCAACAAGUUGGCGAGCUAUAGAUUCUGCCUUGCCUUCAGCGUUGUCUAAAAAUGAUUACAAACAUCAAAAAUACCUCGUACGCAGAAUUAACCAUGAUAAAGAAGUGGCGGAAAACAACAUAGCAAGCCUAGCUACUAACAAAAAUGUGUUGCAGCUUAAACUGGAGGAGACUCAGAAACUCCUAGAGAACCAACAUUUAAGCAGUUUGCAAAAAUUCUGUGAUGAAGUUAAUCAGAUAACCAAUUCUGAAACUCUCUCGAGUAUAGACAGCCUUGAGGCUGUAGAGCAGGAAGAGAUCUACAUAACACUCAGCAUGGCUCCUUCCACAUCAAGCCAGCAGAACUCCGUUCCCCUCAAGUCGGCGAAUCUGCAGUCAGCUCAUCUAAACUGCUUUGAUGAAGGCAAUCUGUCAUUCUCUAAAACUCAGCAUAUAAACAAUUGGCUUACAAACUUAGAUGCUCAGAAUACUCAGCCUGUUGCAUCCUUUUCAGAUAUAUUAAGUAAAUCUAGUGUUCUGCCCUCAUGGGAAUGUUUGGCUACUAAAGAACAGAAUCCACCUACUUUGAGCAGAACUGUGGAGAGAACCACAGGAACUGCUAAUGACUCAGUGCUCUUGGUGUGCAGUCCUUCCGUAGUUGCUCUAGAUAAAAAAGGAGGAAACCCCUCUGAAAGUCACACUGUGAGGACCAGUGAUCCUGCUGAUGGAGCUCUCCAAAGGGAGAGGCCGUCAGGUGCCGAGAGCCCAACAUUUAAAGUCAGUAGAGCCUGGACUACUCCGGAAUCUCUGACCCAGGAAGCAGCUUCAUUUUCCAUCCAAGAGAGACUGUCUGAGUUAACUCAAGAAAAUAGAGCUGCUUCACUUCCUACUUCAUUUGUCCCUGUUUUGUCGCCUAAUUCGCAGUCAGGUGGCCCUUUAUCGGAGAACAACACACGUGUGAAAGAAAUUGAUCCCGUGCAGUGUUCUGAUAAGUUAUGUGAAAUGAAAGAUGUGAAAUGUGAAAAGAUAAACUAUUUUAACUGUAAUAAAGAGAAGUUGUCUUUAUUUUCAGAAAAUUUUCAGGCCACCUACGCACCUCAAAAUUGUAAUUCAAAAGAUAGGAAACAAAAAGCAAGUGGGCCGUCAGCACCACUGUGCAGCGCAACCCCUGACUGUGACUUGCCUGACCAGCACAGCCUGAAGCAUAGCGGCCACGAACAAAAUGGCGUGAGGCUGCCUAAGAGCAUAUUAAAGAAAGAAUCCAGAUACGAGCAUGAUUAUCUCAAGGCACUAGUUAUAAAUCAGGGUUUUAAGUUUAGACACCAAAAGGCAGAAGCUAUUAGAGAUAGUAUUGAAUUAACAAGACAAAAAGGGAAAGGUGCAGGAACCCCAAAGACUGUAAAAAAGCUGCGGUGGCUUGACGAGAGCGGCAGCACAGAAAACUGUGCAGAUGAUAGCCACCCAGUGAGGAACAGGGCAGGGACGGCUCCACAGUGGUUACAGUCCUGUCACGCCAGCAGUGGCACCUGCAGCCUAACCGCUGCUCCUGAUUGUCCUGCACAUUCUGCUGGUGGAAAGAAGGCCACGGAUGAUGGUGUCUCUGAAAAGGUCACUGAUCUAGGAGGACGUGACAUGAACAGUGUGCCCUUGAACUCUUGUAAACCUUCAGGCUAUAGCUUUGCUAAACAAGCCUGGUCAGCCUGCAGAAGAGAAGAGAACAAAGCCCCUGUACAUGCUGGUCCUAUGCCUGCUGGUGACGCUAAGGCUCCAAGGGGAGCAAAGGGGACUAGAAGAAUAGGAUCUGCAAAGGCCCAGACAGGCCUUGUCCAUGUGAACAGAAAAGCCACUGUCAGCCAGCCACCAUCUUCAAACAAAGCCAACACACUGGCCCAAACUCAGGGGAAACUAAUUAUACCUCAUCCUCCGCCAAAACCACCAACAAAUAUUAAAAGUAGUAAAACUGUGCAAGUGUCCCCAUGUCACUUAGCCACACCUGAACACUCCCAAAGCGCCAUGACACAGAACUGCUUAAGUUCAUGUGUGCUUCCAACAGAGUGCCGUUUGAACCAGUGGACUCAGGAAAGUCGCCUCCCGUUCUCAGAGGCCUGCUCUGACCUACUCGCUGUGACCCCAGCUCUGUCAUCUCCUUACUCUCCAGAGUGCCAAACCUCAGCAAAAGGAAACCAUUCAAAUGACUCUCACACAGGUUUCCAGCAAGACGGGACAGUAUAUUGUACCCAAAAAAGUCCUGUUUGUGAAGAGAGCUACCAGUCGUUGACUCCUAGAAACACCGAAGAAGAAUCAGUUUUCUCUUGGAGAAGAAGGAACCAUGGGUGCCAAAAUGAGAGGGCCACUGAUUCUGCUGUUACAAGAAGAAAACAAGUUGUUGAAAAUAAGUGGAGAAAGCUGUUAGAGCAGAAGAGAAAAGUCUCUGGAUCUGUAAGAAUGAAGAGCACCGAGCAGAUGAUUCAUUUUGGACAAACUGUCCAAAGUACAAAUGAGCCAAUACAAGCUACAAGAGGUCCCGAGACUGAAGAAGUUUCAGGUAGUGCUUCUGAGUGUUCGGUACCAGAAAACCUCGUGAAUUCUUCCAUGCCUGAGGAUGACAUUCUGACUGCCGUAAACAGCAAGCAGCUACAGAAGCCAAGUCUGUCCUCCAGCAAGCCCCAGCCGUCCAGCAUCUGCGCAGUGUCGGCUGAGGAAGAGAAGGUCUUGCAGUCCCUCCGCCACCUCAAUGAAAGGCUGUACUAUGUACAAGAAGCCAUUUGCAAAAACCCAUCCAUCAAAAAUACUUUACAGUUAAUACCACUUCUGAACAGCCAGCCGCGGACCAGGCUCUCUCCUGAUGUUGGAUCCAGAGUGCAGAGGAAAUACUGAUCAACUGUGACAGUCGCUAUUUAGUGAAGUUGUUAUUUUUGAGAAUUCUGUAAAUAAAUUCUGUAUUUCUGCAUUUGUUAAUGAUUUUAAAUACUAGACUUUUAUGUUUAUAAAAGUAAAUCAUAAUGUAGGUGAUGGAAAUGAAUUUCCUGGCUUAUAUUUAUGCUACAAAUUAUACUUUAUUAUGGAUUUUCUUGAUACAUUUUUAAUGAAUGAAAUACUUCAUUGUUUUCAAUAAGCAUGCUAAUGGAUAUAAGUUUUCUCUAUGUAAAAAUAAAAGAGGCUAUUUUAUUACUCAAAUUAUGUGUUAAGUAUGAUAGUGAAGCUUUGUUUUCUGAAAUUCUUAAUUCUAAUACAUUUUUGUACAAGUAUCCAAGAAGCUUAUAAUAAAUAACAUCCCACCAAAAUAAUAAAGCUAUUUGUUUAAGA